AUGGCAACGCCUACCGUUCCGCUUGACAUUCUCCCCGAACUCGUCCGAGACUCGGAGCUGAAAGUGCAGUUUGUGCAAGAAGGCGGCAGCAGCUUUGUCAUCCACACGCAUACGGCAAGACGUCGCUCUGCGGAGGAAAAAUGGCUCGUCAAGCGACACCUGAGGUCGGGGGGCCAAGGGUCGGUGGAUUUGCAGACCAGAGUUGUUGAAGAGUUUGGGGGGCCCUCAAUACGGGCAGUGAAGAGAAUCGAAAUCCCUGAUUUGCACAAGGUUGCAAGAUCCAAGAUGUACCAGAGAGAACUCGAGACUAUUGCCAAGUUCUCACAGGCAAAGUUCUCAAAAUUAUUCGUCACAUCGUACGGGUGGUAUCUCAGCCCUGGAUACAUCAACAUUGCGAUGGAGUAUUGCGAACUUGGCGACUUGAACAAGUACCUACGAAAUAGUCUGCUGUGUCCUGAGAACCGCUUACCUGAACUGGACACUCGGGAGAUUGUAUAUCAAGUAUUAGAGGCGCUUGCGACGAUGCACGAGGAGAAUUUCUGCCAUAGAGACUUGAAGCUUGCGAAUAUUCUGAUCAAAAGAACGGGUCCGAGGUGGUGGGUAAAGGUGGCUGACUUUGGACUGAGCAAAAGAGGCGGCAACGAUAGCACCACAAACUUCAGCGCGGGCUCUCGAGGCUACAUGUCACCUGAAAUCAGUGGAUUCAAGGAUCUCGACAGCAAGGUUGACCCAUACGCCGUGGACAUGUGGGGUUUGGGACAGGUUGUGAGCAGACUCUUGACGGGCCAGGUCCUGUUCCCUACUCAGCUGGACCUGGGUCGGUACUAUUUUGGGGAUAUCAAAUUCCCGGAGAAGCUCUUAAGGGAAGUAGGAGCGACUGAUGACGUGACGGACUUUGUCAAGAGUCUUACGAGGAUCGAGCCCGCCAAGCGUUUAACAGCCUUGGGAGCCUUGGACCACCCGUGGAUGGAUAUGUCACUGAAUCCCAGUGCCGGUAGCCAAAGCCAAAACCCGACAGAAGGGUCUGAAACAAUGGUAGACACAGAAGAUCCCUCGAAUGUUUGGCCUGAUGGUUUUGGAGCACAGCCUAAACGCGAGCAAACCACCCCACAGAAAACGCAACCCUCUUCCAACACUCGACCUGAUGAACCAUCAGCAGACCUUGGCAACAGCCAGACUCCAUUAGCUAAAGCUGCGGAGGCUCAUAAGGAUUCUGGCAAUCAACUCUUCAAAGAGGAGAAGUACGACUUGGCCAUCGAGCAGUACACAAAAGCCAUUGAAAUGAUUCCAUCAUCUGCUGUUUACCUGGGCAAUCGUGCGGCUGCCUACAUGGCUCACUUUCGCUGGGAGGAGGCCCUUGCAGACUGCCUGAAAGCUAUGAAUCUCGAAACACCAGCUCCAAAACUGCGUUUGAGAUUAGGUCGAAUAUACACGCGUCUUGGAAGGCCUGAGGAGGCUUUAGCCCAAUAUGAGAAAAUCCCAGAUCAUGUCAGGGAGAAGGACGUGAAUCGGGCCAACCAUAUGGCGAACUCCAUCAAAUCAGCUCACGAGGCCUUGGAAGUCCACAAGAACUACUCUUCGGUACUCUCAUUUGUCCAACAGGCCAAGGUUGAGCUUGGCACCCUCGCCUCUACUCCAAGGGAAUGGAAGCUGUUGCUGGCCGAAGCCAAUAUCUACAUCUGGCAACGCGAUGGGGCGUUGGCAUGUCUUGUCGAGGCCGAGGAGAUUCUACGUGACCUUCUAGGGAAAGACUACAAUGAUUCCGAGGCGCACCAUUUAGACGCUCGCAUCCGAGUCACCAAAGCGAUGAAACCUGCGGAUGCCGAUGGAAACUCAACUCAACCAACGGCUACCAGCGAAGGCCCUGAUCAAUCUAUGGACACCGAAGAUACCGGAGAGUCUGUACCAGUCGACGAAAAACCGACUCAACCCACUUCUGAUAUCAAUAGUGAUUCCCUCGACGUAAGUCCAGUAUCAGAGUACUACGCAAAGGAGAUUAUCCGCGUGAAAACAAUCGGUAAUGAAGCAUACAAAAAAGGCCAGUUUACCAAGGCGUUGGAGGUCUACUCGGAUGCAUUGGUUAUAUGGCCGAGCGAUAAAACCAACAACGCGCGGGUUGCUCUAAACCGAGCACAAACCUACAUCAAGCUUGGCGAAUUCCAGCUCGCCAUCAAUGAUUGUGAACGUGCACUGCGCCUUGAUCCUUCCUAUGAAAAGCCACAUAUCAUAAAGGAGCUUGCAGAGAAGCUUCUUGGUGAGAUGGCGAAGCAGGGAGCGGAUGAGGGGGAAACAGAACAAGAGAAGACUCCCGGCGAAAGCUCUAGCGAAACGAAGAAGGAAGCUUCCCAGGCGCAAGAUGAUGAUGCCCCUACCAUAUGUCCUAAAUGCGGAGAAUCAUUCGAGAAGCGAUGGAAGUUUAUCAAUCACGCAAGGCAAUUGGACCAUUUCGUCGAUUCCGAUUCUUAA